UAUUAUAGAUGUAGAUAACCCUCAAAGAGAGACUGAAAAAUUGUAUCAGAGAUAAUGGGAAAGUUGAAGUAUGAGCCUUUAUUUGAGACUAAGAAGGCAAAGGGAAGGAUAUUAUAUAGGCUAUUUGCAAUUUCACUUUUUGGGGGGAUUUUUUUGAUUUGGAUUUAUAGACUAUGUAAUAUACCAAAAUCAGGUGAAAAUGGUAGAUAUGGUUGGAUUGGAAUGCUUGGAGCUGAACUAUGGUUUGGUUUUUACUGGUUCCUCACUCAGUCUCUUCGUUGGAACAGAGUUUAUCGUCACACAUUUCGAGACAGGCUAUUGAUGAGGUACGAGAAUGAGUUGCCGAGAGUAGAUGUAUUUGUGUGCACAGCUGAUCCUGCAAUAGAGCCACCAAUUAUGGUGAUCAAUACAGUUUUAUCAGUCAUGGCUUACAAUUAUCCACCAGAAAAGCUCAGUGUUUAUCUCUCAGAUGAUGCUGGUUCCGAGCUUACCUUUUAUGCCUUGCUAGAAGCUUCUCUCUUUGCAAAGCAUUGGCUUCCUUAUUGCAAGAAAUUCAACAUUGAGCCGAGAUCUCCUGCUGCCUAUUUUGCAUCUUUGUCUGUUUCAGAUCAAUCUGAUGCAGAUUUUUCCAAAAUGAAGAGAUUAUACGAGGACAUGGCAAACAAAAUUGACGUUGUGUGCAAGGCUGGAACGGUCUCAGAUCAAGCAAAAUUAGAAUACAAAGGAUAUUCCAAAUGGAAUUCAUAUUCAUCCAAGAUAAACCAUGCUGCUAUGUUGCAGAUACUAAACGACAACAGAGACGAAGAGACAAAGGACAUUGAUGGGGUAAGACUGCCAACAUUGGUUUAUAUGGCUCGGGAGAAGCAUCCUCAGCACUUCCAUAAUUUCAAAGCCGGGGCGAUGAAUGCAUUGAUUAGGGUGUCCUCAGAGAUCAGCAAUGGGCCAAUAAUUAUGAAUGUAGAUUGUGAUAUGUACUCGAACAACUCAAACUCGAUUCAAGAUGCUCUUUGCUUCUUUAUGGAUGAAGAAAGAAGUCAUGGAAAUGCUUUCGUGCAAUUUGCACAAUCCUUCGAAAAUGCCAGUAAAAAUGAAGUUUAUGGUUCUCUCAGAGUAAUUGAUGAGGUGGAAUUCCACGGUGCUGAUGGUUACGGAGGCCCUUUGUAUACUGGAACUGGCUGCUUUCAUAGGAGAGACACCCUUUACGGUAGAGAGUUUAGCACGGAAGCUAGGAUUGAUUUGAAGAGUGCCUGUCCCAAGAAGAUGGAAGAAAACGUGCAUGAGUUGGAAGAAAGACUAGAAAGAUUAGCAAGUUCCACGUACGAGCAAAAUGGUCAAUGGGGAAAUGAGAUAGGUUUGAAGUAUGGGUGUCCAGUCGAAGAUGUAUUGACCGGGUUGACAAUUAAGUGUAAAGGUUGGAAGUCUAUUUAUUAUAGUCCGAAAAGGAAGGCCUUUUUAGGGGUUACUGCAAUGACUUUAGAUCAGAUAUUAGUGCAGCAUAAGAGAUGGUCCGAGGGCGAUUUCAUGAUUCUGUUUUCUAAGUAUAGCCCUGUUUGGUAUGGACUUGGAAAGCUCAAUCCUGGCCUAGUGUUGGGAUAUCUCCAUUACUGCCUCUGGUCUCCGAAUUGCUGGGCAACUCUGUACUACUCUAUCGCCCCUUCGCUUUGUCUACUCAAAGGAAUUUCCCUCUUUCCACAGGUCUCCAGCAAAUGGUUCUUGCCAUUUGGAUAUGUGAUAAUCGCGGAACUAAUAUAUAGCUUUGCUGAAUUCCUCUGGAGCGGCGGAACAAUUCUUGGAUGGUGGAAUGAACAAAGAAUAUGGCUUUACAAGAGAACAAGCUCCUACAUAUUUGCCUUUCUUGAUACAAUGUUGAAGUUAUUUGGUUCUUCCAAUACAACAUUCAUAGUAACUCCAAAAGUCACUAGUGAAGAUGUGUUGUUGAGAUACAAACAAGAGAAAAUGGAAUUUGGAAGUGCUUCACCUAUGCUUACAAUUUUGUCAACAUUGGCAAUGCUCAAUCUCUUUUGCCUUAUGGGGUUGGUGAAAAAAUUGUUAUUGACAAGAGAAUUGGUAUUGAAAUAUGUAUUUGAAACUAUGGCUUUGCAAAUUUUGGUUUGUGGAGUUCUUGUUUUUGUUAACUUGCCUUUGUAUAAUGCUCUCUUCUUUAGGCAAGAUAAGGGAAAAAUACCUAGCUCUACGGCAAUUCAAAUUGGGUCAUUGAAAGUUUGGAUCUUGGUGACAAUAUUGGUGAUGGCAUGGAGGUGUGGAGGGGUUUAUGGGAUUAGAUUUGUGAUUGAUAGAGAAGAGUGUUUUUCACAUAAAGUUCAAAUGGGAGAAUCAGUUCAUUUUUCGUUUGUUGUAAUCAAGUCAGAAGGUUCUUGGCAUUACAGUGAAGAGGGUGUUGACCUUGUGGUGAAGGGACCUUCCGGGGAGCAGAUUCAUGAUUUUCGUGACAAAAUAAGUGAGAAGACUGAGUUUGUAGCCCAUCAUGAAGGAGUUUAUCGUUUCUGUUUCACCAACAAGUCACCCUACCAUGAAACCAUAGACUUUGAUCUACAUGCUGCCCACUUUGCAUACCACGAUGAGCACGCAAAAGACGAGCAUUUCAAACCGCUCUUUGAGCACAUUGGACAACUAGAGGAAGCUUUAUACAACAUUCAGUUUGAACAGCAUUGGCUGGAGGCCCAGACAGACAGGCAAGCAAUAGUGAAUGAAAUAAUGAGCAAAAGAGCAAUCUACAAAGCUUUGCUCGAGUCUUCUGCUCUCAUCGGCGUUAGCAUUCUGCAAGUUUACCUCCUAAAGCAUCUCUUCGAACGAAAACUGGGGCAGUCCAGAGUUUAGCUUUUGACAGAACUGAGUAUAUUUAUACUACAGAAUCCUUGGAACUUCAAAUGUAAUGUCUUUCUGUAUUCAAGCACUGUAAAAACUAGAAUGAACGGUUUUCGCCAGUGAUUAAGUUGUUAUAAUUCCUUUAGUUGGAUGUUGAAGGCUCAAUAAUCUUAAAUGAAAAAUUACUGUUACUUUUGAAAUUUUA